GGAUGAUUUCGUUGCUGAUAUACAGAAGAAUUCUAAGUGUAGUUGAUCAAAAGAUGCUAUCUACUUCUAUUCUGACAACUUGUGCUUCCUUUGCGAAGAUUGCCGUUCUUCUCGCUAUUUUUCCUCUCCAGUUGAACCUCUCUCUUUUCUUUCAGAUAUUUCCACUCUGCAAUCCAAAGUUAAGAAUUAUUAAUAUUAGAGGAUAAUUAGUCUGCACUGUGGGGAAGUAGAGAAAUAACCUAGAUUUAGGUUUUAUUAACCAGGAUUCAGAAAAAUGAAUGAUAUUAGUCGUUACAUGCAUUCAUUAAAAACAAUCUUUACAAACACCCAUUUAUCUUAAUCUUAGAAUAAAAUAUAUUUUAAUCCCCAGGUUUUCUCUCUCUGAUAUGUAACCUCUCUUAUCAUCAAUACUUCUCAAGAUUACCAUUAUCCUCAUCCCUCAAAAAUACCAACCAACUCCCAUUUUUAACCCCCUUAAUAAAUCCCAAAUCCCUUCAACCACCCCCUAA